AUGACACUCAAAUUGCUUAUGAAUUCGACAUGGGGAUAUUCCAUUAAGAAACCUCAAGAGAUGAAGAGUAAACAUUAUGAGAAGGUCGACAACUUUGUUGAAAGGUUUUCUCCUUUUUUUUUGAAGUACGAAUUCACUCAAGGUCAAAGUGGCUUAGUAACCACAUUAAAACCUAUUGUCGAACAUUGGUCUUACCCUCAGUUCGCAAAGGCAGUCCUUGACAACUACAACAAAUUCUUCUCCGAAGUCAAAUCGAAAGUUGUGGUUUACUAUGAGAACAUUGACGCACUCAUGACGAACGAAGAAGGGUACAACAAACUCAUUGAAAUGGGUUUAGUCAGUGAAAAGAUGGGCUGUUUUAAGCUAGAUAAGGUAUUUUCCGAAGUUCAUGUAAUAUCGAAAAGGAAAUAUUGGGGCAUACUUGAAGACGGCACAGAAAUAAAACAUUGCAUGAAGUAA